AUGUCAAAAUUAAAAACUUUUAUAGAUAUUGGAGCUAAUUUAACAGAUGACAUGUAUCGGGGUGUUUAUAAUGGGUCAAAGAAACAUGACCCAGACUUAGCAUCCGUUCUAGACCGUGCUUGGAAAAGCGGUUUAGAAAAAAUAAUAAUUACUGGUGGGAAUCUAUUAGACAGUCAAAAGGCUUUAAGUUUGGCGUCAACUGAUUCCCGUUUGUUUUCCACUGUAGGAUGUCAUCCAACGAGAUGCAAUGAUUUUCUCAGUGAUCCAGAUACAUAUCUCAAAUGCCUCAGUAAUCUGAUAUCAGAUAAUAAGGGGAAAGUAAUUGCAAUUGGUGAAUUUGGAUUGGACUAUGACAGAUUACAUUUCUGCGAAAAAGAUAUUCAAUGCAAGUAUUUUGACCUACAACUGAAUUUAUGUGCUGACCAUAAAUUACCACUGUUUUUGCAUUGUCGUGCGGCCACCGAUGAUCUUAUUAAUAUAUUACAAAAGCACCGUGACAAUAUAACUGGUGGUGUUGUUCAUUCAUUUGAUGGCUCUUAUGAUGCUCUGCAGAAAAUUCUAGAACUGGGAUUUCACAUUGGAAUAAAUGGAUGUUCGCUGCGGACUAUGGAAAGUUUAGAAGUGGUAUCAAAGAUCCCAAAGGAUAGAUUGCUGUUAGAAACAGAUAGCCCAUGGUGUGAAGUAAAGGCGACACAUCCUGGUUAUAAACAUGUGUUGACAAAGCCGUCUACAGUGAAGAAGGAGAAGUAUUCACAACAAGUGAACACUCAAGUGAAAGGAAGAAAUGAACCAGCUAAUAUAAUCCAAGUGUUGGAAAUAGUAGCAGCGAUCCGCGGGGACGAUAUCGGUGAAUUGGCUGACAUUAUUUAUGAAAACACGGAAAAUUUAUUUUUUAACAAUAACAAAUAA